AUGUCGAUGCAUUCAGUUUUAUUCCCUAUUUCAGUGGAUUUUGCCGUGGUCAGAGGUAAAGGGAGGAAGUCGAACAUUUCUGGUUCGGUCUCGAAAGGGCACGUGGAUAGGAAACACUCUCAUACAAAGCCAGUCAAAAAGGUUAUAACCUUCACUGUUGCUACUACACCAGUCCCGCAAUCAUCAACCAUUACCAACACGGAGAUUGCAACAACCGUUUCUGCCGAGACUGAAUUACCCGACCACCUUCCCGAUCCGUCACUAAUCCAUCCUGUUCGUAAGAAGCACAUUGGCGGUCCCAUAGGUGGGCAUUUUGUUCUGCAAUAUUUGCUU